UUUUGCUCCUUCCACUACACUGAACUUGUCAUUACUCUGUACUGGUAAUCAUGUUUGCUGCAGCUCGUUCUUCCUUGGCCCGCACUUCUUCUCGCGCUUUCUCAACAACGCCCUCGCGUUCAUAUGACCUGUCCAAACUCACACUCGUAGGCAGGUUGGGAAAGGAUCCCGAGCUCCGAACAACGAAGACUGAAAAGGAAUAUGUCGCAUAUACUGUUGCAACAACCAACUACCCGCCACCGCCCCCAAACCCCGAUGGCAGCCGAGCGGAGAGUGCAACCACAUGGCACCAUAUUAUCUCAUUCCACCCGGGCCAGAACCAAUUCUUGCGUGGUUUGGCGAAAGGAACUCGAGUGUAUGUGGAAGCCAACUUUGAGCUCCGGGAUCCGGAGGUUGGCGCAGAUCCGGCUUCACCUCAAGGUCAAAGGCAAAUCUUUUUGAGACAUGAGAACAUCAGAGUACUCCAAGCACCUAGUUCUCCUCGCGACAGCGAGUAAAUAAAGCAUGUAUCGUCUUAUUGUGCCUUUGAUACUCCUCCGUCAUUGCCCUUACACCACUCCGUUGUUUCUGGAUCUUUCGCGGCAUAUGUUAUAUAUACAUAUUAAUUCGACCUUUAUCAUUCUUG